GACGGCGCAUUCUCUUGUCGUUUAGCCUAGACAGUGAUACCAAGAGAAGUUUACUAAGGCUGGAAAUACCUAUUUGUUUAGUUAAUUUUACUCUACAAAUGAGAGUGCCAGAGAAUGUUUGGUUGUUCUUUCAUAUCCCCAUAGCAGUAACCGCGAGGACCAAUGGGGAUUGCUGUACUUCUGCUCCUGAUUCUUCGGCAUUGGAUCAACAACGUGGAGGGAACAUGUUCGGUUGGCAGCGCAGUGACUUGUGACGAGUGUCUCCAGCUGGGUCCCCACUGUGCAUGGUGCACACAAGCGAAUUUCACAGACUCGUUUUUAAUUAGUGAGCGAUGUGACACGCCGUACGUCCUCCUAGGGAGAGGCUGUCCCCAGGACCAGGUAGAAUUUCCUGUGACCAACUCCGAGGUCCUCCGGGACCAGCCUCUAGGGAAGAAGACGGGGAAUACCAACAGCACCCAGAUUUCACCACAGAAGAUGGCCCUCAAACUCAGAACUGGCAGUGAGGUGACCUUCCAGAUCAGUGUGCAGCAGACAGAGGACUACCCUGUAGACAUCUACUACCUGAUGGACCUCUCAGCCUCCAUGAUUGACGACCUGGAGAUGAUUAAAGACUUGGGCUCCACCCUGUCCAAAGAGAUGGCAAAGCUCACCAGUAAAUUCAGACUUGGAUUCGGGUCCUUCGUUGAGAAACCAGUCCUCCCGUUCAUUAAGAUCACUCCUGGAGAGCUGGAGAACCCUUGUAGGAGUGUGGAUGAGAGCUGUCUGCCAACGUUUGGAUACAAACACAUCCUACCUCUCACCAGCAGCACAGAGAAGUUCAACAAUAUCAUCACCAACCAGCGUGUGUCUGCCAACAUCGACUUGCCGGAGUGUGGCUUCGAUGCCAUUAUGCAGGCUGCUGUCUGUGGGGACAAGAUAGGCUGGAGGAACGACUCCAUGCGUCUGCUGGUGUUUGUGAGCGACGCCGACUCUCACUUUGGGAUGGACAGCAAGAUGUCAGGCAUCGUCGUCCCUAACGACGGGGAGUGCCAUCUGGACAGCAACAAUGAAUACUCUAUGGCUGCCCAUCUGGAAUACCCAACUCUGGGACAGCUGAUGGAUAAACUGGUGGACAAUAAUAUCCUGCUUAUAUUCGCUGUGACGGAAAAUCAGAAACACAACUAUGAGAACUAUGCAAGUUUCAUACCUGGUGCCACGGUGGGGGUUCUGGAAUCAGAUUCAAGGAACAUCCUGGAACUGAUUGUGACGGCGUAUAAAGAGCUGCGGUCUGAGAUAGAGCUGGAGGUACUAGGAGACACGGAGGAUCUACAGAUCUCCUUCACAGCGAUCUGUCAGGAUGGGACGGUACUACCUGGACAGAACCAAUGCUCCAACGUCAAAGCUGGAGACACGGUCUUCUUCAACGUGACUGUAGAACUCUCUGAGUGUCUCGACGGUCCCCAGCGUUUCCUCAUGAAACCGGUGGGCUUUCAGGACCCCCUGGAGGUAGACCUGGAGUCCCUGUGCUCCUGUGCCUGUCAGCAGACCCCCGAGCCCAACAGCAGCCACUGCAGCCUGGGCCGGGGAUCUCUGGAGUGUGGCUCCUGUCUGUGUGAUCCCGGGUACAUGGGUUCCAAGUGUGAGUGUACGGAGGAGAGCGUCCAGAGCAGUAACUGCAAGGAAAGUGGCGCUCCGGAGUCCUGUAGCGGGCAAGGGGAGUGUUACUGCGGCCAGUGUGUGUGUCACCCAUCUAGUUUCGGACGUGUCUACGGGGCCUACUGCGAGUGUGACGACUUCUCGUGUGUGAGGUUCCGAGGGGUCCUCUGUGGAGGUCACGGGGACUGUGACUGCGGCGAGUGUGUGUGUCAGAGCGGCUGGAUGGGGGAGUACUGUAACUGCAGCAGCAGCAGGGACACGUGUGUGUCGGAGGACGGAGCGCUGUGCAGCGGACGGGGGAAGUGUGUGUGCGGGAAGUGUGUGUGUUCCAUGCCUGGAGCCUCUGGAGACACCUGUGAAAAGUGCCCUACCUGUGGAGACUCCUGUAGCUCUGCUAGGACCUGUGUGGAGUGUCAUCUACAAGCAGAAGACGAGGCCACAGAGGAGUGUGUCCAAAGGUGCAGCGUCCCUCACAUCUUCGUCAACAAUUCCACAGAAUACGAUGAGAGCCGGUCCACGCUGUGUACCCUAAAGAGUGAGAACAACUGCUUCAUCUCUUUCAGUGUGGUGGCUGGAGGCGCAGGGAGCACUGUCUAUAAUCUAAAGAUGUACGACUGUCCUGAGCCCCCCAACAUAGCUAUGAUAGUACUGGGGGUCUCUCUGUCCAUCCUCACCAUCGGCCUCAUCCUGCUGGGGGUGUGGAAGCUGUUGAUCUCAGUCCACGACCGCAAUGAGGUCGCCAAGUUUGAGGCCGAGAGGGCAAAGGCUAAAUGGCAGUCGGGUACAAACCCUCUGUUUAGAAGCUCCACAUCAACAUUUAAAAAUGUAACUUAUAAAAGUGCAGGAGGACCGAAAGUUGAUAUUCAUUCAAUGGAUGGCUGCUGAUGGUGACAUCAGUGUGUGUGUGUGUGCGUGUGUAUGUGUGUGUGUGGUGUAAGGACAAAUUGUAAACACCACAAUGUACAACAUUGUAUCACUCCAAAAGGUCUGGAUCUUCUUCAGGGAUGCUAUCUCAUAUCAGCAGACAGAAAAUGGAAUGUCUAGCUAUGAAUUAUCUCUAAAUGAAAUUACUUUGAUUUUGCUGCUCUCUGGUACAAACACUCUGCUGAACUGAACACUGGAUUUUCCCAUUUAGAUUGUUACAGAUUUAGGAUCUUAAUUUGAUCACUCCGUUGCAGGAGAACUUUCCUGCAGUGCAGGAAAUGUCAAAAUUGUUGUGUAUUUGAGGUUUAAAAAGGUUUCUGAAGUUUGUAAUUUCCGCUUUGAAAUUUCAGACUUGAUUUUCCCUUACGAAAAAUAUGUAAACCUCUACAACAAUAUCCAUGUGUAAUUCACAUAAUUAUUUACACUUCUGGUUUCUGCAGGAUUAUUUUCCUGCUGUAGCAAACUGGCUCAAAUUAUGAUCCUACAUCUUUACGUUUUUUGAUAGAUUUUGGUUUGGGACAUAGGUAGCCUAAAACUGAGAACAAACUGAGAUGGCUUGAUACUACUGCAAUAAUGUUUCAUGUUUUUUGUGUUAUAAAAGUUUUGUUUUGGGUUUUGAAUCGAGGCUGAGCCUUGAAUGAUGUAAUCUUGAUUGGAAUCAUUUUGAGAAGAAUAAUGGAUUAACUUCAAUGUAAGGCGCAAAAAUAAAGUUGAACUUUUGAGUUGUUGCCACAUCA